CAAAUUGCCAUUUGUCUAGGUAAUACUGUUUUACUUUCUAUUCCUGCAUUUAUUUGGUCAUGUAAAUGUGCUUAGAACUAAUAAAAAUAUGCAGUUGAUGAAAAUUAAUGCAUGACUUCUCAGCAGACUGUGGAAUGUAAGCAUGUGCCAUGAAAUUGCAAUUCUCUUAUCCUCUAUUUUCCAUCAUUUACGUACCAGUUCCAUUUAGAGGAUAGUCCAGUAUUACUUUUUUUUCAUAGAUUGGCCAAAAUGGGAAGGAUUGGAUUCCGCUCUCUUCCACGAAGAGUCAAUGGGACUGGCUAAGAUCAAAAUCUGAGGCUCUUUCCAUCGGUAAUCAGUCCCUUUUUGCUUUCUUUUACGACCACAUGAAACUUGAGAAGCCACCUAAAGCUAUAUCAUUUAGUGGAGUUGGGCAGUUCCCAAGUGUCCAACAAGAAGGCCUGGUUUAGGCUGCGAUGGCCACUGUCAUUCCUGGUGAUUUGUCAGAAGUAAGAGAUACCCAGAAAGUCCCUUCAGGGAAACGUAAGCGUGGUGAAACCAAACCAAGAAAAAACUUUCCUUGCCAACUGUGUGACAAGGCCUUUAACAGUGUUGAGAAAUUAAAGGUUCACUCCUACUCUCACACAGGAGAGAGGCCCUACAAGUGCAUACAACAAGACUGCACCAAGGCCUUUGUUUCUAAGUACAAAUUACAAAGGCACAUGGCUACUCAUUCUCCUGAGAAAACCCACAAGUGUAAUUAUUGUGAGAAAAUGUUUCACCGGAAAGAUCAUCUGAAGAAUCACCUCCAUACACACGACCCUAACAAAGAGACGUUUAAGUGUGAAGAAUGUGGCAAGAACUACAAUACCAAGCUUGGGUUUAAACGUCACUUGGCCUUGCAUGCCGCAACAAGUGGUGACCUCACCUGCAAAGUAUGUUUGCAGACUUUUGAAAGCACAGGCGUGCUUCUGGAGCACCUUAAAUCUCAUGCAGGCAAAUCUUCUGGUGGGAUUAAAGAAAAAAAGCACCAGUGCGAACAUUGUGAUCGCCGGUUCUACACCCGAAAAGAUGUCCGGAGACACAUGGUGGUGCACACCGGAAGAAAGGACUUCCUCUGUCAGUAUUGUGCACAGAGAUUUGGACGAAAAGAUCACCUGACUCGGCAUAUGAAGAAGAGUCACAAUCAAGAGCUUCUGAAGGUCAAAACAGAACCGGUGGAUUUCCUGGACCCCUUUACCUGCAAUGUGUCUGUGCCUAUAAAAGAUGAGCUCCUUCCAGUGAUGUCCUUACCUUCCAGUGAACUGUUAUCAAAGCCAUUCACAAACACUUUGCAGUUAAACCUCUACAACACUCCAUUUCAGUCCAUGCAGAGCUCUGGAUCUGCCCACCAAAUGAUCACAACUUUACCUUUGGGAAUGACAUGCCCAAUAGAUAUGGAUGCUGUUCAUCCCUCUCAUCAUCUUUCUUUCAAAUAUCCGUUCAGUUCUACCUCAUAUGCAAUUUCUAUUCCUGAAAAAGAACAGCCAUUAAAAGGGGAAAUUGAGAGUUACCUGAUGGAGUUGCAAGGUGGCAUGCCCUCUUCAUCCCAGGAUUCUCAAGCGUCGUCAUCAUCUAAGCUAGGGUUGGAUCCUCAGGUUGGAUCCCUAGAUGAUGGUGCGGGGGAUCUCUCCCUAUCCAAAAGCUCUCUCUCUAUCAGUGACCCGCUAAACACACCAGCAUUGGAUUUUUCUCAGUUGUUUAAUUUCAUACCGUUAAACGGUCCUCCCUACAAUCCUAUAUCCAUGGGGAGCCUUGGAGUGAGCUAUUCCCAGGAAGAGGCACAUUCAUCUGUUUCCCAGCUCCCUCCACAAACACAGGAUCUUCAGGAUCCUGCAAACACUAUAGGGCUUGGGUCUCUGCACUCACUGUCAGCAGCUUUCACCAGCAGUUUAAGCACAAGCACCACCCUCCCACGUUUCCAUCAAGCUUUUCAGUAGGAUUCCAGGACGUGGAUUUAUUGUAGAACUGUAUGUAUAGCCCUGCCCUAGGUGACCAUUUUUAUUUUAGUGCCUACUUUAAGACAGUAUAAAAAUUUCUGCUUUUGUAUAAUACCAAUUUUCAUUAAGCCAGUAUAAAAUAGAAACUAGCUUUU